GGAAUAUUUUAGAGGUAGAUAUAGACUACCUUGAGAGGUUGCAUGAAAAACAUAAUGAGUUGCCGUUCUUACCGGAUCGCAGGACGGUCCACAAGGUCGAGAAAUUGGUACCGAAAUUGGGGAAUCAACGUGGAUAUGUGGUUAGAGCUCCUCACCGAUCCCAAUAUGGUCCUGAUAUUUGAAAAGGUAUCCUAGGAGGUAUAACCCAGGCUGUAAACGAUGUGCCAAGGCUAACAAUAAGUACAUGGGAGACCAGUAUAACCCGGAUGAGGAGUCCUCCCACCUGCAAUAUUUGGAUGCCAACAACCUAUACGGAUGGGCAAUGCGUCCAGACCCGCCAACGGAUGGCUUCAAAUGGGUAUCCGACGUCAAGGCCUUUACAGAAAAGCGAAUCGAGAAGCUCGUUAGGGACAAUAAACAUGGGAAUAUUUUAGAGGUAGAUAUAGACUACCUUGAGAGGUUGCAUGAAAAACAUAAUGAGUUGCCGUUCUUACCGGAUCGCAGGACGGUCCACAAGGUCGAGAAAUUGGUACCGAAAUUGGGGAAUCAACGUGGAUAUGUGGUAAAUAUCAGGGCCCUUCACGAGGCUAUAAGGCAUGGGCUUGAACUGAAGAGGGUGCACAGGGUUAUCCAGUUUAACCAGAAGGCAUGGUUUAAAGGGUAUAUAGAUCACAACACGAGGUUAAGAACGGCUGCCAAAAACGAUUUCGAGAAGGACUUCUACAAGCUCAUGAACCUCUCGGUAUUUGGAAAGACCAUGGAGAAUAUCCGGAACCACUGCAACAUUCAGCUGGUCACCAACGAGGUCAACUAUACGAAGCUCGUCAUGAAACCAAAUUUCAAGGGUGGAAGCCGGUUUAAUAAGCACCUCUUAGGAGUAGAAAUGGGUAAGACGGAGGUGAAGAUGAACAAGCCAGUGUAUAUAGGCCAGGCAAUCUUGGACCUCUCAAAGCUGAUCAUAUACGACUUCCACCACGAUUUCAUGCAGCCCAAAUAUGGUAGCAAGCUGCGGCUUUGUUACAUGGAUACAGACAGCUUCGUUUACCACAUACGAACAGAGGACUUUUAUCGUGACAUUGCGCAGGAUGUCGAGACACGUUUUGACACGAGUGCCAAUAAUCCGGGUGAUAAUAGGCCUCUCCCCAUAGGGAAAAAUAAGAAGGCCGUGGGUCUCAUGAAAGACGAACUAAGUGGUAAAAUCAUGACUGGGUUCAUCACCCUAAGGGCUAAGCUAUACGCUUACGUGAGUCUAAUGAAGAAGGGCGGUGAUUGCAAAGCGAAGGGCAUAAAAAGACGUGUUACGAAUAAGUCAAUCACGUUUGACGACUAUCGGAUAUGUCUGGAAGAGGGCGUUGAUGUCUACAAAAGGCAUGUCUUGAUUCAAAACAAGAACCAUCAAAUCUACACCCAAAAGGUAUCGAAGUUAGUCCUUAACAGGGCGGAUGACAAAAGGCUUGUGCAACCUGACCACAUUGCGCCGCUUGCCAGGGGCUAUUACCGCCGGGUGUCUGACCGGGAAUAA